UUUUUCUUUUUUCUUUCUUUCUUUUUUCCGGAGCUGGGGACCAAACCCAGGGCCUUGCAAUUGUUAGGCAAGUGCUCUACCACUGAGCUAAAUCCCCAACCCCUGCACAAUACUUUUAAAGUAACUCAGGCCCGAAGCUUCUUCUGUGUCCCACCGAGAGCUAGUCUUGGUGUUACUUCCGAAUGUUUGGUCUCCAGAUUGUUUCUCUACUUUCUCAUUGUCCUGCUUGGGUUCAGAUCUCAUUUCUUGAUGUAGUUCUCCAGUUAUUUAUUUAAGCACUCAGGCUUUCUUCCUUCUCUAUAUUCCUCUGCCUUUGAACAUGAGCAUCUCUCUCUCUCUCUCUCUCUCUCUCUCUCUCUCUCUCUCUCUCCCUCCCUCCCUUCUUCCUCCUCUCCCUGUCUCUUACUCAUAAGUUUACACAGAGAUUCAUAAACACACAGGGGUGGGAGGAGAGGAAGAAAGGAAAGACAAUUUCAAAGCACAGAAUGCCUAAAAUGACCGAUGUAGGAGUUGGGGACUCUAGGAUACAAUUAAAAUCUGAGUAAAGUAGGAGGAAAAGACAAAUUGGACAACAGCUUGGCCCAGUGUCUUAUGUUCUGAGGUCAUAAAGACAGAGCCACGAGUGGUCCGGAGUGGCACAGGGACAGAAGGGGUCCUCAGGGAAGAUGCCAUUGCACAGAAACCUGCAGGUUGCCGAGUAUGUGGAGAGGGAACACGGUUUCUGAUCGUAGAACCUGUGAGAUAAAAACGGAGUAGAGGCUAUGCUUCAGAGCCUGCUUUUACUUCAGGGGGCUGCAGCUGGAGGUCCCUUUAGGGCUGCAGAAAUGCAGUUUUGAAGGCUCAAGUUGGUGCCGAAUCACCAAGACCUGUGCAGACCAUACUGAGGAAUCUCAGCACCAUCAGACCGAUAUGGCCUCUGGUCUCCCCUGGCGAUUAUGCCCUUACUAUUUCUCCUGUAGCCACUUAUGUGCUCCUUCUCUAGCUGUAGAUUAUGAGCUCUUACAACGGAAUGCUCGCAGAGAGCAGAUGGUCACCCAGCAGUGGGAAGCGAGGUGCCAGGCUUCCUGGGCUCACUAUGGAAGCUCAGUGUACUCAAACACUACUGUGAAGAACAAGCUGCUUAGCCCCUCUGGCUUUAGUUUCCCCGUGUACCAGCUCCUGGAAUAAUGUUGGUUCCUCAGCGGGACUUGUGGGUUAAGCGAAUUGCAUGGGACAAGUCCUUAUAACAUUGCCUGGCACAGACUCCAGAAAAAGGGCUGUCAUGAGCUUUGGUGAGGCCUUCGGGUAUAGGUCUGUAACGAACGCAAUGGGGUUUCAAAAUCAAUCAGCCUGCCUGUGACAUAGCUGCUGUUGGCUUUCACACCAACCUGGAGCCUUUCUGAGGCCACAGGGCUGCACCCUUCAACCCUCUGAAAUUCUGUACGUCUUCCUUCUCCACAAUGGUAAGCCAGCAUUUAGACUGUACCAUGCUUGCAAAUCUACCAAGGUUUCCUGCCCAAGUCUUUGCACACCGUGAAAGGAGAACAAAGAGGAAUGAGGCUUUUGGUUGGGCUAGGAGUCCUGAUGGCCCAGCGUGUCACCAAACAUCCAUGACUUUGUCACUUACACUCCAGGUGAGGGCUUCAUGAGUUGCCACUUUCUUUUGUGAUUAACUUUCCACACUGCUCCUGCGAACACCAUGCCUACCGGAGCAAUUCAUCAGUAUUUUAGAAGAAGUGAUCUUCCCCAACACGGAGAACAGUUUCAACAUAAUUAGUAGCAUUUCUGGAUCAACACAGCACUCUUUCAAUGUGUAUGACUGAGGAAAUGAAUGACUCUAAUUAUACCUUAUUAAAUUUUAUUAAUCCUCAUUAGAACUCUAUUAUUCUUUAUAAGUGAGUUACCGAGAAGGGAGUGAAGCAAGUGAGCAAUGCUGGUCAAGCUCCAUUAUAUCUAAGUGAGCAAUGGAUGUUUUCCCCUAUACUAACUAGUAGUAGCCCAGGGGGCAUGGAUCGGCUGAAAUGCUUAGGGCAGAGCCAAUGAAUUGUGAUCUUUGAGAAACCCUAGGAACCUGUUUCCCAUCUUAAAUCAGGCUCAUCAUAAAGAGAAACGUAUUUCAUUAGUUUGUGGAAUACACAGUUUUGAUCUUCUCUGCUGCCGUAUUCCUACUUUGGAAUGUGUGUAAGCUGGGAGGACAAAGAGGUUAAGCAGUUUGGCCCCGGAGGUGUUUGAAUCUGAAGACUGCAGGAGAAGUGUUAAGUCCAAGAGUAUGGACUUUGACAGUAAGGGUCAUCAAAAUCUAACAGAGCUUCCCUGCACCUGUAGUUCACGGUGUACUUUCGGUCUGCAUGACUGCGUUAGGCUGCAGAAGGUGAGUGCCCAAGUAGUGGUGGAAGGUCUUGAGAGUGGGGAGUUCAGGAGCUUGCUCAGACAGUUGUGUUGGGCAGGUCAUGUUACCAUAUUUUCCUUAGAUUCUACCCACCCAAAGACCGGGAUGGGUGGUCGUGUUAUUAGCAUAGACUGAGGUUGCUGUUAGGGAGGCUGCUGUGAGGCGUUUCUUUUGUGUAGGUACAGGAUAGAAACACACACCCACACCCACACACACACCAAAUGUCUAGUUUUUGUUUAGUUUGUGACAGGGUCUAUGUAAACCUCCCUUGUGCCGGGGAUUAAAAGCCUUCACUACUGAGGGCCCAAGGGCUUCCAAUGUCUCCCAGCCUGAAUCUUAACAUAGUAAAUGGGGCUCUCAUCAUAGCUCACUUUUACAAAUAUCAAAGACAAAAUAUCCGAACCCAACCUUCCAAGAACAGGCCUGUCUUUAUUCAAACCAGUUCACCCAGUUGGUGUAUUUUCUUUUUUAAGCUGUAAGAACAGAGCAAGCUUUCUGGUUUUCUGGCAGGGCAGGGUUGGGAAGCAAAUCUUAAACUCCAAAGGUUCAUAUCUUUGAACAAAGGACAGGAAGUUGCCCUGAAGCGCUCGAAUGCCAUUGUUUCUCAAGGCUUGUCAACCACAACCUUCCAGGAACUGGGGUUAGUCACUUCAGUGGGUGGUCAAGUCAUCUGCCUAGGUCUAACUUGGGUCUGAGCUCACAGCUCCGGAGCCUGGGUCUUGCCUGGAGGCGGAAACCCAGCUAGGAGUAGAAUACUGGCUUGGAUCCUAAAUAUGCACGGUGCAGGACUGGGUCAGGUCCCAGCUUCGCAUCUUCGGAGCUCUCCCGUGUGAAGUGAACUGAAGUUGCUCUCCACCAUCCCGCAGUUCUGUGUCCCGCUGGAGUCCUGGGCGGGGCUCACACAAGGCUCUUGGGGUGGGGGGUGGGGUGGGGUGUUCCAUGGCAGGAUCUCUUCGCUCAAGCUCAGCUUUCCAAUCUGUCGUCUGCAGAACGGACCCGAGUUGUGCCGGUUCUCGACUUCCUCUUGCAUCGCCUUCCUCUUCCUCCAGUGGAGGCUGAUCCCUCUUUCCUCUUCCCAUGCUCCCCUCCCCGCGUCCCCUCCUCCAGGAAGUGCACUGCCCAGGGUCACCCACCUCGAGCCGCGGCUGCCCCCCGCGCCCCCUCCCCGUCCGGCUAGUGCGGCGGCCGGCGGGCACACGCCUCCCCAUACCUUACAUGGACAAAUGCGUGCAGGCAAAGUCAGGAAUUCAGGCCCCUGACGUCAGCCUCCAGCGCUCAGGGCACCGCACGGGAGACCGCGGGAAGGGGGUGGGGAGGAAGGAGGGGAGAGCACCAACCAGCAGCCACUCCCGGCCUGCUGCCGAAGUUUCACUUUUUGUCUGUGGGUUCGCUCCCAGGGCCCGCUCGAGCUUUCCCGGGAUAAGUAGCGUUAGCGGCGGGGAGAGCCGGCCGCUGCAAGGUAAGGGCCAGCAGCGGGGCCGGGCACGGAGAGGACGCGGGCUGGGCGACUCGGGCCGCUGCGGGCCGCGGGCCGGGCCGGGACAAUGGGAGGGGGAGUGCCCGGCACCUCCUCCUCCGCCCGAGCCUCCGCCUCCAGCCGUCGCGGCCGCCGCUGCCCGGUCCACCUCCUCCCCCAGGACCUGAAGAGAAUCCUGUCAGCUAGAGUGUCUGAAGAGGCUGGAAAGUAGGCCACACCCUCAGAGCUGCUCAGGACUCCUCUUGAGGGUGGUGUCCAGCAAGAAGGCUGGUGGGAACACAGGCUCAAGGACAGAGGUAGAGAGAGCGAGCCAGGUGCUUCUGCACUUGUUACUCUUCACUGUGGUCUCACCGAGAGACAUUGUCCCUCAGUUGAACCUAGCAAAUCGUCUGGCUGAGCCCGUGACCAUUGUUCCAGAAGCCAAACACUGCUGAGAUUUCAACAAUGUCUCACCCAUCUUGGCUGCCACCCAGAAGCACUGGUGAGCCUCUUGGCCAUGUUCCUGCGCGGAUGGAGACCACCCAUUCUUUUGGGACCCCCAGUAUUUCAGUGUCAACACAACAGCCACCCAAGAAGUUUGCUCCAGUGGUUGCUCCAAAACCCAAGUAUAACCCGUACAAGCAGCCCGGAGGAGAGGGUGAUUUUCUCCCACCCCCACCUCCGCCACUAGAGGAUCCUGGUACCAUCCCAUCUGGGUCCGGGCACUUCCCUCCUCCUCCACCAUUGGAUGAAGGUGCUUUCAUAGUGCAGCGGGGAAAUCCUGGAGGCAAGACCCUGGAGGAACGGCGUUCCAGCUUGGAUGCAGAGAUCGACUCCUUGACGAGCAUCUUGGCUGAUUUGGAGUGCAGCUCGCCCUACAAGCCUCGGGCCCCACCGGGCUCUAGUAGUUCCAUUGCGUCUCCUCCAGUUUCUACUCCUGUCACGGGACAUAAGAGAAUGGUCAUUCCACAGCAGCCACCUCUGACAGCAACCAAGAAGUCCGCAACGAAGCCACAGGCUAUACCCAUUCCAGUGACUCCAAUUGGAACACUCAAACCGCAGCCUCAGCCAGUUCCAGCCUCGUACAGCACCGCAUCCACAUCUUCAAGGCCCGCCUUCAAUGUGCAAGUGAAGUCCGCUCAGCCCAGCACACAUUACAUGACUGGUUCAUCCUCUGGACAAAUGUAUGGUCCAGGGUCUCGCAGCUAUAACACCCAACAGGUUCCUCUGUCAGCACAGUGUCCUCCUCCGACAACGUGUGCUGGCACCGACUAUGCAUACAUUCCACCAUCGGGACAACAGGCUGAGUCUGGAUUUGGGUACACCUCCAACCAAGGACGCUAUUUUGAGCCUUUUUUUGCAGCGUGCCCUAGCUAUGGGGGCAGAAAUGAAGCCGAUCCUGCUUAUGGACAACAGGUUCAACCGAAUACCUGGAAGCGGGAACCUGGGUAUGCUGCUCCUGGAGCCGGAAAUCAGAACCAGCCUGGCAUGUAUUCAGUCAGUGGUCCCAAGAAGACCUAUAUCACAGACCCUGUUUCAGCCCCCUGUGCACCACCAGUGCAGCCAAAGGAGAGACUCGUGAAGAACCAGAAAGUCCUACAGAAUGUUGUUGAUGAUCGUGUUCAUGGAUUGAGGAAGAGUGGAUUCCCUGCACCUAUGGGACCUCCUUCAGUUCCUCCAUCUUUCCGCCCAGAAGAUGAGCUCGAACACCUGACCAAGAAGAUGCUGUAUGACAUGGAAAAUCCACCUGCUGAUGAUUACUUUGGCCGCUGUGCCCGCUGUGGGGAAAACGUCGUUGGAGAAGGGACGGGAUGCACCGCCAUGGACCAGGUCUUCCACGUGGAUUGCUUCACCUGCAUGGUCUGCGACAUCAAGCUCCGAGGACAGCCUUUCUAUGCCGUGGAGAAGAAGGCGUACUGCGAGCCCUGCUACAUCAAUACGCUGGAGCAGUGCAGUGUGUGUUCUAAGCCAAUCAUGGAGCGGAUCCUCCGUGCCACCGGGAAGGCAUACCACCCCCACUGCUUCACCUGCGUGAUGUGCCACCGCAGCCUGGAUGGCAUCCCGUUUACCGUAGACGCAUGCGGUCUCAUUCACUGCAUUGAGGACUUCCACAAGAAAUUUGCCCCGCGCUGUUCUGUGUGCAAGGAACCUAUCAUGCCAGCCCCAGGCCAGGAGGAGACCGUCCGCAUUGUGGCUCUGGACCGUGAUUUCCAUGUGCACUGCUACCGCUGUGAGGACUGUGGUGGUCUUCUAUCCGAAGGAGACAACCAAGGCUGCUACCCCUUGGAUGGGCACAUCCUCUGUAAGAGCUGCAACUCGGCCCGCAUCAGGGUCUUGACGGCCAAGGCGAGCACUGACCUGUAGAGUCAGUCGGUAGCCAGCUCAGCUGCUGUGUGCCUGCCUCCAAGAAGAACGCAACACAAGGAAAAGAUAAGAGAAGAAAUAGAAAAAUAGAGGCAAAGCUCAACCUCUGGGAUAGUCUCUGUUCUUCAUCUGCUGUUAACCUUUUCUGUAGAAGCACAUAGAUGAUACGAUUUGUCUAAGUUCUUACCAAAUACACAUUUCACAUUUAAUCAUGUAGGGCCUUGGUGAGCCUUUGUUCCAAGGACUUCCACAUUUUUGCACAGAUUAUACUCCAUCCCAUUCACUUCUGCAUUCCUGGGACCUUUAAUCCUCAUGUUUGUCUCACUUCUCAUGUGGUUGAAUAGAUUUUUAGUGUGGUAUUUGCUGUCACAUGAUUUUUCCUGGGUGAAUGUGCCAGUCCGCAGGUGCCUUAAGUCUCGUCCUGUCUGUCGCUUUUCCUCUGGCUGUGGCUACAAAAGUCAGUCAUUCUGUUCCCAGGUAUUGCAAAGGUGAAAUUUUCCAUUGCACCAUGUCUCCUGCUUUAAAAUAAUGGUGUGGGGGGCGGAGUAUUUUUCUAUAUUAAGUGAUAAAGAAUUUAUUUGAAAAAGUUAACAGGAGUCUAAAUUUAGUCUGCAGCUAUCCAAAUAACAGAAUGUGCAGUGCCCAGCAGCCAAGGCUCAUUUGAAAACAUUGGCUAAAGAGACCAAAUGGGAAAUGUUAGCAGAUGGAUUUCUAGGUGUAUUCGGACUGCCUGUUGUAUUUCCACAGUCCCUCCCUGAGAGUUACCUUGCCACACUCUCUGGACGUAAGACAGUCAGACUUGCUUUUGAUACAUUUCCAGAUCUGUCCAACUCUUCAUCAUAGAAGGACAGUAAAACUUCCCCUGAUACACAAGCAUGGUGACUACCAUUAAUAUUUAUCUUCAGAAAGCUAAGCAGUAAAAAGAUUCACAGUCUUAUCUUUCCUUCUUUCACUUUAUAAUGACCCAAACCUAAACCUCUUUUGCCCGAAAAUUGCAAAUCGAGACACACAAAACGAAGUCACGUACCCAAGUCUCAUCUUCUUUAAAAAGAGAAAACUGAGCUGGGGAAGGUAGUGAAACCAGAGUUUAUUAUUCUUACAGUCAACCCCCUGUAACUCAAGUACAUACUGCAGGAGACAUUUUCCUAUCAUCAAUGUGACAUUUACACCACACUUUCAAAGACAAUCGCUGAAAACCAAAUUGUCUUUCUGAGGUAAAAACAUGCAGAAUGCCUCCCUGGAAUCUUUGUGCGAACUCGUAUGAGCCAGCAAAACUCUUGCAUGCCAACCAGAGGCAAUCCACAUCAUUAAGGGGCGACAUCUCGCUUAGCAACCACAGCUAGCCAUACUGUAAAAUCCGUGUCUCAGAAUGCGAUUUCCCAGAGCUCCCUUUAAAUCUUCUACAGAUGUACACCUUUAAAUUAUGGAAUACCUUAAACAUACAGAAGGGUAUAAAUAAUAAUAUAAUGAUGCCUCUAGAGCUAACACCCAAUUCUAGAAGUAUAGUUCCUUCAAAUUCUUUAAAUUCCACAAAUACCUUUUUAUUUCUUUUAUGUAGCACUGGGAGUUGAACUAGGGCCUCAUGGGCUCUGCACUUGCCCUGCCAACCCGGCAUCCCCAGCCCUUCUGUGCCUUUUUUUUUUUUUUUUAAAUCUUCAUGACAUGAUGAUUUUCUAGUCUGACAGUUUUAAUUUUAACAUUUAGAGCAAAAAAAAAACCUGUUUAAUUACUUGUGCAUGUUUAAAAUUGCAAGCCAUGCCUCAGGAAUUCCAUAAAGUUUAUUUUACUUGAAUAGAAGUCCUGGUAAAAGUGAUUAAAAGAAGCCCUUAGGCCUAGUCACGCAGCCCCUCUGGGUCAGUCUGUGGCUUAUUUACUUUCUCCACUAGGCAGUUUGCGUGUUAGAAUCCCCAAAGCUGCGAGUUUCAGGGGCUUUCCCCUGCUGCCUGCUGUCCCCUUGCUUCUCUUAUCUUGAGGUUCAUGAAGGGCAGCUUGUGGACCUCAGGAUUCAGUGGUCACUCAAGCUCUGAAUCCCUGUGCUGCAAAUUAAAGGCUCAGCUGUGCCUGUGACCUCGAGGAGCGCUGACAGACAAUCGAGGUGGAUACAGGCUUGAACUGACUAAAAUGUUCACCAUGAGAUAUUUCAGGAAACUGUCUUUAAGCCAAAAGUAGAGUGCAGUAUGAAUAAGGGGCAGGAAUAAUGUCUAGAAAUGCAGUAAUAUUGCUAUAAAUUCACAUAGCAGAGGAAGAGUUUAUGUAAUAUUUAUGCUAUAGAGCAAUAACUUCUUCCUUGUUUGUUACAUUUAUCAGUUAUGUAACCAGAUGUUUACAUGCGAGAUUUAUAGGAAAAUGCUGCCCCAGUUUCGUCCCCGAGGUUUUACGGGCAGAGCUCUCUUGCUCACAGCCUUCCCAUAGCUUUCCUGUUGAGUAACCUCAGAGGAUCUUUACCAAAGAUUUUUUUAAAGUAAAUUUCUUUUUAAUAUAGACUUAUACUUUUAUAAUAAUGAAUGUGCACGUACACAUACAUACAGAAAUAUUUAGAAUUAGAUGUUUUCUUUUCACAAGGUCUAAUGAGUAUAAAGGAUCCUAUCACAUUAUUCUGCAAUUCCUUUAAUAUAUAAUUUACAUUGCCUUCUUGUUUUCUUCUAGUAAGCAUUUGAUUUAAACAACACCAAGUACUCUAUUCUUGCUUAUCUAUAUAAAGUUUUGCCUACUAUAGAGAUAUAAAGAUCUAUUACCUUAAUGAUUAUAUGCAUUGCCUUUUGAUAUAUAUUGCCUUACUUAUCAUUUAAAUACAUAAAUAGAAAAAAAUAUAAUGUCUGUAACAGAAAACUUAUAAUUAUACCUGAAUUGUUUAAAUGUCAAGAGCACAAACUUUUGGUUAUUCUGUAUAAGAUGAAAAGGGGAAAAAACCCAUCGUCAUGGGCUCUGCAGAGAACAUUCAAAAUAAUUCUCUUUCUAUUUCCGUAGUGGUGGGGAUGGAUCUCUGAGCCUUGCAUAAAAUAGACAAGUGCUCUACCACAGCUAAGCCUCCCUUCCAGAAUAAGAGUUCGUAGCUGUUUGGAUUCCCAUCUCAGACUGACUCAAUAUGGAGUCUGCUUGGCAAACGGCAUUGCCUUUAAAACUCAAAAAUACAUCCUCAGUGUCAGUGACAUACCGCCAUCUCUGCAGCUCAAAGAUGUGGGGUUUUGUCCCUGUUAUUAGCGCAUUGUUGUCCCUGUAGGAACAACUUCUGAUCAGAAUUACUACGUGGGGUAUAUGCUGAUUAGGGACACAAACUUAAAAACACUAAAAAUUCCACAAUUAUGUUUAUGUUGGACUUUUAAAAAGUAUGUAACUUAAUAACCGUAAGCCGCUCUUUUGUAUUCGGGCCAGGGGAAGGGGAGAGUGCUCUGUGAGGCUGCAGUAGAGCGUUGGUUAAUAGGCAGGGCUCUGCAAACACAACUGCCAAGCGUCUUCCUAGUUACCACAAUUCCUAUUAAUGUGAACCAGUCAGGAAUAACAGUGUUAUUUCUAUUUGAUGUGGUUUGGGCUUCUCUUGUCAGAUCUGUGUCGGUUGCCCCCUGAUCCUGCCAUUCUCAAGUUUUGAAGGGUGUCGGGGAAAUUAUGGCAGCUGCUAGGGAGAUCCGAGAAACACUGAUGUAGCCUCCCAGCCUCUCACCAUCCCUCUUGGCUUGGAAAGGCUUUUUUUUUUUCCCCAUAUACAUUUCUAGAAAUAUUGCCAUUCUACCUUAGCAUUUCACAUUUGUAGAUUAAACAAGUGAUUGUCCAUCUGUUGCCUACAGCUACAGUACAUGUGUGUUAUGAAUGAAAUAUGACAGCAUGUUCCAUACCCCCGCUCCAGCCAUCUGUAGAAAACCAGCAACCGAAAAAGAUACCUCUGCAGAAUGUGCCUCAAGUGCAUGUCCUGGGAUGGCUCUUCUGGUGUGCGUUCUCACGAGAGACGAUCAAAAGCAGCCUACAACUGUGCCUUAUUUUUUAAAUAAUUUGUUUACACUACCAUGACUCUUGCUCAGUAAUAGAAAUACUACACCCCCAAUUUCAAAGAUAUGUGUGUGUGUGUAUAUGUGUGUGUGUGUGGAGAGAGAGAGAGAGAGAGAGAGAGAGAGAGAGAGAGAGAGAGAGAGCAUGCUAGCACACUUCUGUCUUAAUGUAGCUGUUUAGAAGACCUCAUGGCUCUAACGAGUGCAAGCAUGCUCAUGGCCAAGGUGAUCUGUGGGCAGUCCUUGGGCUUUGCUCUUCCCACAGUUUUAGUGGAAUGCUAAAGGCAGAGACUGCAGCAGCCCCUCUGGACUCACAUUUUUGACAUUGUGUUAUGUGUUUGAGUUAGUAAUAAGCACUCUUGAUUUCUGAGCAAGGUAUUACAUUGAGUAUUUCAGGACAAGUUACUUAAUUGGCUGAUAAUUAGAACGAGGCUGCUUGUGAUGCUGUAGGUUGGUUAGCACUGCUUUAUUUCUGACCUUUUCAAACCAACCUGGCCAAAGCUACUGACAAUGCCAGUGCUUAUCCCCUCUCUCCCUUGCUUUCUCCUCUUUUCUCUUUUCCCUCUCUCUCCACCGUGCCUACUAAUGCUGCCCUACUUGGCCUUCUCUUAAGUUUAGUUAGGAUACAACAUUAUGAUCUCAUUAAAGGAGAAAGGCUACCAGAACUUUUAUACUCACCAGCCAGAAAAGCAGCUUUAUGGGGACAUACUCUUUAUCUUGGUUUAUCCCUAGAGGGAGGUGUAGUCUGUCAGCUGCAUUUCAGUGAGUCUGCAUCAGGGACUUAGCUGAUAGGGUAGUACGAUAAAAUUAUCUGGAUAUUUCUCACAUAGAUGCAAAGUGGUCUUUCUAAGGCUAGACAGAGUUCUGUUUUUAACUCUGUCACUUUCACCACAAAAUAGUUAAUAUUUUUUAAUAAGAGAACAUCAUUUUGUCCCACUGCAAUGAACUUGAUAAUUUUCUUUGGGGCAACGAGAAACUGACAUUGGAGCACUUUGCCCAUGGUCCAUAGUACAUGAGAAUAGCUGACUCAGUACUGGUGAAGGGUAGUCUCAGCACUAGGAUGUUUUCUAGUGUACAUUGUUUUGUAGGCAUAUUUUCCCUUAGUAAAGAAGAGAGAGACACUAAUUUACUUUUCUGUUUUAAUUUUUCUUCCUUAUGCAAAGUUUUUUAGACAAUAUUUUAGUUAGCCACCAUGCAUAUGACUAAUUGUUGAGAUCUUUGGAAAGAACAUAUUUUUAUCCAUCCUACUGAAAAAAAAGCUCAAAUCUUUGUUCUUUGCUUCUGAUUGGUAUUUGUUUUAUAGCAGGAUCUAAGGAAGAUGACAAGUAUCUCUUAUCUUCUAGCAUUUAUUAAAAAUUAGCAUACCACAGAUACUCAUAUUCUCUUUUAAUUCUUAGAAUGAAUGGCCGAGCUAAGUUUUCUAAGAUACCCAUUCACUUAGGGUCAAGUUAAACCUCCUUCAUCUGACUGAUAGUCACCCUCUGUGCUCCACUAGGAUACUGUUAAACAGCUACCAAUAGACUCCAUGAACUUAUCCCUGAACAUAACUUCUAAAUUCAGUGUUCAGGCCUAGAAGCAGAAUGCUCUAUCAGAUGUGUAGAGGUCACCAUUUUAUGCUCAGCCCAAGUGCUAGGAGGUCUUGUUGAACACACACUCAGUUGCUGUGCCUAGAUGUAUAGUGCUAUGGUCCUUACAAAGAUCUGCAUUCUCUAUUGCUUUAUUUACUGAUGGCCAUAACACAUAUUACUCAAUAUGAUGGCCAGUGUAGAAUACUCUCAAGGCAACCCAGGCUAGCUGGGGAACUGCAUAAAACCUUCUGAAUUCUAGACUCUCUCCCUUCGUGGGUGUGAUGCCACCAAGUACUUCACUUAGUAUUUAUUGACCUUGAUUCCAGUGACAUCACCUUCUACUUCCCUAAACAUUUCCUAAUUCUCUUUGCAUCUACUCUAUGACCCAACUAUAGCUGGCUGGCUGUCAGGGUAGGUGAAAGCACUUUGCUUCAGGUUGAAAGGAAAAGGAAUGAGAAUCCUUCAAGAGCAACUGAUGACCUCCCUUGAAGAGGACUCCCUCCUAAUGAUAGAGCUAGGUAAAGAUGGGUUAGCCACUGUGAAAAAUUAGCCCUCCUCAUCUUCUGGGCUGAUUUAAAAAAAAUAAUAAUGUGUUUCACUGCUGGUUUUGAUGGCAAUAGAAUCAAUUCAUUGAGAAGAAAGGAAGUGAGCUGAGGCAUAUUCCAUCCACAAGAGUCCCUGGCCUCAUAACGUCUCUUUCUCUUUAGCAGUGUCUUCUCAAGGAAAACACUUGACUAUUUCUGUGAUGGACAGAUAAAAAAGUUCUUGACACUAAGGAAGUUCUGCAUCAAUAUUAGUUUUUGGUUUUAAACCCGUCCAUUUAUUACUAAUAUUUGUGUCUAAAGCAUGCAGCUUCUCUCCGUGAUCAAUUUAUACUCUCCUUAAGACAGCCAAGAUCAAGAGAAACCCUGUCUCAAAAGAACAAAACAACAAAAAGAAGAGGAGUUUAUGAUUUAAGUGUUGUCCCCUCAGUAUCUUAGUUCCUUAACUGAUCUUGUUUUAACAGCUAUUGUUGGAUCUCUCUGAGAGACUCAGGCUGAGUGCAGUAAAAUCAAAUAGUGCAUACUUCUUCCUAGCAAUGAGGCCUCUGUGGGGGUUUGGGGAGGACAUGUAAGUGAGGACACCUGAUUGACUUACUACUGGCUGCAUUGGGAAGUAAUAGGAAGACUAGUUAAGGCCCACCAGGACAGCAUCGGCUCCUUUCUGCAAAGAUGCCUUGGCCAUGGUGUAUGGAUUCGAGAAUCUUAACAGCAGAGAAAGCUUUCAUAUACUCAGGCUCAGUGAGAGGCGAUAGGCACUGAAGAAAACCAACUGUUGAUCUCUUCUCACCAUUGUGACAGUCAGAAGAGGGGAACUGGUCAGACACAACAAACACAUACAGUAUAGAUAGGAAAUAGUACCCUGUGGUCUUUGUUGAGACAAAUGCAUUCUUACUGGACCACACUGUAUCCUUUUCUCUUAGAGCAAAUGUGCUGGACUUUUGAACCCUCAAAAAGGAACAAGUGGGCCUCUAUACUUUUUUAUUCUUCUAGGAACAUAGUUAAGGCUCCCAGCCAUCUGCCACACUUGGUGUUCCUUCACAGACUCCUUGCUGCACAAAGGAAGUUUGCUUGAAUAGUGCUUGUGUCAAGGAGCUCAUCACCCUGUGAGGAAGCCCCUUUGUCAUUAAAACAGAGCCAGUCUUUGACUUUCUGCUCUCCUGAAUCUCAAAACUAACCAACAAAACAACAAAAACCCUGGCUCUCCUCUUGUUUUUUCUUCCACUGUACUUGUUUUGUUUUGAGUGAUGUAUUACUUUUAAAAAACAACUUCCAUUUUUAGCUGAGGAGUACAAAUGCUUCAAAUUUAAACAUCCACUAAAAAGAGUCAAAAAUAUUUCUGACAGUCAGAUAUUAGAAUUUGUAUAAAUUUUGUUCGUGUAUUUCUAUCUAGAAAACAAAAUGUUCUGACAGUUGUCAUAUAGCUUCAUGCCCUCCCUUAGUAACUGUCCCAUGAACAGUUGGUUUCAUUUAUCUGAUCCACUGAUAAUGACCUUAAAAAUGUUGGGAAACAUCACUGUGGAAUCUCCAGCUUUUACAAGGAAAAGUUAAAAAGCAAAAUCCAGUGGUACUACUGAAAACUCAUUCCUUCUGAUCUGUUCUUCAGCAUAAAACGAUAUUGUCCUUAAGUGAAGGGAUUGGGUAAUGCUGUAUUUUAUGUAAAAAUGUAUAAAUUCUCUCACUGUUGCCCAGGGUUACAGUUUAGCUAGCAACCAUUAGCCUUUGGAAGACAGGGGUUGUGUCUCUUAUAACUCAGCUUAGAAUUUGAGAGCUCUAUAGCCAGAGGCUGCUAUCCGCCCCUGGGUAGAUAACACCUAUGGGUGGAUUUCUAAGCUGUGAAAUAAUAAAAUUCCUGAGAGAGUUUCCAAGCUGCUUUCACACAUAGAAGAGCCCUGGGAAGAUGGUUAUUAAUAGCCCUGUCCUAGAAGAGAAGGCUGAGGUUCAGAAUCAUUAAGUGUCUUGCCAAAAGCAAUAUAGCUGGUAAGUGUGAGAUGUGGGUAUUUACCCAAGGCCCUGUUACAAAAAUAUCCAUGGAAACUCACAAGAACCAUUUGGUUCUCGGUGGCAGGUGUAUAUGUGUAUCGUAUUGCUGCAGAUCAUUAAGAGUUUUCACCAGUCUGUGUCAUCUUGUUGAGAAGCCACAGGUCUUUGUGAUGAUCCCCAGGCAGCAAAGGCCACUGAGAACAACUAUGCAGAAGCACAUUGCAGCAAAUUUCCCCAGAGAGCGUUGGUUUACAUCCACUGGAAACCUUUCUGGACUGGUCCUGCUCAGGAUAUCAAUGGAGACUAUAUUAUUUCAAAUACAGUAGUGUUCAGAGGUUACUUGCGUUUUAGGAAAGCCCUUCCUCUCUUGGACCACAGAGACAGAAGCUGUUAUAGGUAUAGCUGUUCUCUUCUAGGACAGGGCUAUAUAGAACACACACACACACACACACACACACACACACACACACACACACACACACACACACUCUCUCUCUCUCUCUCUCUCUCUGUCAGUUCACAAGAAUAUGCUGAGGCAACCACGAAUUUGUGAUCCAACAAGCCCAAGACCAGAGGCCUUGAAAUGUCUAGAGAAGUGCUAUUGGAUGAGCAAACUCUCUGAAGUUUAGCCUUUAUCAUUGGACAGGGGGUGCUUCUCGGGCUGUCGUGCCCAUGGGAUUAUUCUACGCUCAUCCCAGAGAACAGUGCACUGUAUUGUCAGCAACAACAAAGAACCUCGUUGGAGGGCCCUGGGUAUACUCCAGAAGUCAGCCCACAUUGCAGCUCAACGAGGAACACUCCUCUUGGAGCUGACUUCCUCAUGAAGCUGGGCCUUCCAGGUACAGUCUUGGCUUUCAUUUUUUUAUCUUCUGGUUGUUUUUUCGGUUGUUGUUGUUGUUGUUGUUUUUGGUUUUUUUUUGUUUGUUUGUUUGUUUGUUUUUUGCUACAAGUCAAAAAUCCGCUAAUUAAGAAAAUAUUCUUUGACCACAUUAAAUCUGCACUUAAUCUAGAAAUCUAGAAACCCUUUCAAAUGCCCUAGUCUGUAAGUUAGGCAUUUGUCUUUCCUAGAGCCUCUCCUCUGUCAGACCAAAAUCACCACUCAUUUGACUGUUCCCUUGGAUUGGUAAGAGGCAAGUGAAAUAGCAAACAGCCUUUCAGCUUUUUCCAGUCUUCCCACAAGGGAACUAUCAUACCAGAUAUUGGAGAGGACCAGAAGUUUGGCAACAUUGACUGAGGACCCAACCUAUCCAGGAGGCAUUUUCUCUGGCACACAUUGGCUCACCCAACCAAGCUAUAGAUUUAUUAGGCCUUUUGAUCACGCCUUAUAAUGACCCGAAGAGAGGCUGGCUUUUGUAGAGCCGUCCCAUCCCAUUAGACAAAAGGGCAUGAGGAGCUGAAUGUGUAAGGGGAUGGGGUCCUGAAACGUUUGUGGUAUUUUUCAGAUAUCUUCAUGAGUCAACCCUGACUGAAAGAAAAAUAUGAAUAAUGCUUUCAUUUUUCCACCCUAUAUAAUAUAGUCCCAGAGAUCAUUUAGAGAAAGCACAGUUGUGUUGUUAUUGAAACACACACACACACACGGGUCUUCCAUCAAGAAAGCUCAUUCUCCAAAAAAAAAAAAAAAAAUCUUAUUUUAAAAUACUAGCUAGCUCUUCAGGCCAGGAAAUUAAUAAUUCCUAGACCUGACCCAUUUUCAUAACUUCCAGAAAGGAAAAGGAAAAGCUACUUAAAUUUUGUGUGAAUCUAUUUAUCUCUUAAAAUAUGUCAAAGCAGUUUGUCGCUGGGGUAGAAAGGGAGGUGUUUAUCUCUCUUGCUUGAUUCCUUCUGUUUCUGAGGGGAAAGCGGUAAACAACAAGGGCCUAGCGUUCUUGGGGCACUGCGUUGCCAUUUUCUGCACCGUCUGCUUUGCUUCAUACUGACGUGCAGUAAUUCAUAGUUGCUUUCAUAAAUAUCCAUAUUUUUCAUCACAGUGGAGUAAAUAUAUUAGGUUUGAAUAUUUUUGCUCACCAAAUUAUUUACUUCAUUUCUCAAUCAGGAAAUAGAAAGCAGGCUGAGCUGGCCUUCAUUUAUACACCCUCCUUCAACCCCAUUUUGCUUUAUUUCUUAGGGGCGACUUGGGUGAAAGAGAAACAGCCUAGUUCCUCCUCAUCUUUUGGGUAGCCAUGGUGGUCACAUACUGUAUCUGCCUAACGUGUUUCAUCCCUUCAAACACAGACUGAGAGGAAAGGUGGGCUUCAUAAUUUAAAUACCAUCGAUGGGAAGGUUCUCAUUUUGCCUAGCAAAUUGUAAGACGGGAGCUGAUCCUUGAGCAGUAUGUGCAUUUUGAGUUCUGUUUGGUUGCUAGGAGUGUCAGCUACAUCAGCCUAUGGGACUGCACCAUAGUGCACAGACCUCAAUCGUUCAGUGGCAGACUGAAUUAGCCUAGACGCUCCUUCCACCUCAUGUGAAAAGCCCAAACUGACAGGGGUCCAAAAUGAAAUGGAGACUCCAGACACUGAUCUGAUUUAAAAAAAAAAAAAGUUUGUCAGGAAAGCAGUAGCAAAAUUAUUUCUCAGUGACUGUCGUUUACUACCCAUUUGUACACUCAGGACAUCUGAAAAUCAAACUACCCAAGACCUCUUUGCUCAUGAAGGAAGUUAGAAAAAUUCCCCUUAAGCAUUGGAAUCGAGUCUUCACUCUUUUCCAGAAAACAUUUCUAGGAGAAAAUAGAAUUAAAAAGGACCCGUGGCAGGCUCUUGAAUAAGAGUGCCGUGUCGAAUUCUGUGCCGUACGCAAAACCUGAAGCUUAGAGGCCCAGUGUGCAGCUGCGGGGAGCGCCGAGCUCCGUGGGUGCUCCGCGUAGUGAGUUACCCUGGGUUUGCACUGCCUUGUCUGGAUCUACACCCUUAUCAUUACUGAACAGAUGUGGGGCUUUUCUUUCUCUACUGCUGAGCAUGGGAAUGUGUGCAAUUAUGAGAUGAACUUCUAAGUAGUAAGCCUGUGCCACAAAGUAGAUGUGACACAAAGGCACGGAGCCCAGGGAUAGUAAUCUUGCCUGAGCUGCUCACACGGGCUCUUAUUCCACGGCUUUGUCACAGGCUUCUCUCCUUCUGUGCCAUCACCUUUGAGAAAAAGAAAAAAUGAUUGCACCUUCUCCAGCUCUGCCUUUUUAACAGCCACAGUUGGGUUGGCAAGACUUUCCCAGCUCCGAAUAUAGCCAUUUGCCGACUCCGGCCUCUGCGAGACUGACUUCAAAUCUGUGGUCUUCUGUUCAGCGUACACAUCAGCAGAGCGAGAAGAUGGCUGCUAAAUAUAGGCUCUAUUAACUUUACUUUUAGAUGUACUGCCUUCAGAGAGUGCCUAUUCUGAGGAAUAUAAACCUUAUUCCUACAUAUGUAUACACACACGGUACCCGGACUCGCCCUGUUCAGCCUUCAAAAACACCAUCAGCCGGAGUAGGUGCUGAGAUAGGGAAGCAUGGCCGAAUCGGAGAGAGUGGCUCGUUUCCAAUCUCCCCUUCAGUGGCUACCAUGAAAUGGGCUAAAACAAGAGUCUCCAGCACUUCCUGCUGACACAGCCACUUUGCAUUUAUAUCCCAGAAUAGUGUCAGAUUGCUGAAGAACCUGUAUUUCAUGGAAAUAAUACAAUCACCAACAUUUCAUCAGGGGAGGAAAAGGCAAUUAAUUUGUGUCAUGUGUGUUUCUUAAACUAAGUAUUGCUAGGUUUUGAGUGUCAGCAGGUUUCUUUUAUCUUGUAGGCUAGCCUAGAGAAAACUAAAGUCUUGGCUAUAGGGAACGUAGACUCAGGGGGCCAAGGCAUCCCUGCCAGAUCCUUGAAGCAUUUUUACUCCAGCUCCUAAGAAUACCAGUCCAUGCUAUUUGAGGGCUUUUGUUCCUGGAGCGCUCUCUGACAGUGACAGAGGAACUCUAGGUAUUUUUGAGUAGGCAGCAGCAUAGCCUGGGAGGGUGAGUUGUUACCCAGUGGUGGUUCUAGGAGGUAAGCCAGGUAAAUGUGCUGAGGUACAUAGAAAUCCUGUAUGAUUGUACCAGGGUUGAAGGGAGGACAUGAUUCCAAAAAAGAUUGUUCUCAAUGUGUCGUCUGACUCAACCAGCUGGCAGAUUACACUUGCCAAGUCGCUUCCUUUCCUUCUAAGUCACUUGGCUCCAUUUUCCCUUGAAUAUGCCUCUGAGGAAAGUAAGAUGUGUCGUCCCAUCCACUUAGCCUUUCAGAAAGGACGUUAGUGAUGCCCUCUUGUUCACAAGCUACCGUGAAAUGCCACCUCUCCUACUCAGUUGUACCAAAUGCAAGUAGAGGGGACAAACUGUAGAAGACAUACUUAAUGCCAUUGGAGUGGUCUGCCACUCUGCUUUCCGUACAUGAGCGCAGGAACCCGAGAGAACUGAGGGGACAGCACUGGUGAGUGGCUUUAGGGCUAUAGCCAUUCUUCUUCGGUAACAUCAUGAUUGGAAUCAGGUUGAGUUUUUUCUCUUAGAGGUGAGCAAUACUUUGCCCCCUGUUUCUCCUCCUGCCGAUCCUUUGAUCUCUCUCUAAUUUCAAUACUACUCAUUUGCUACUCUUGACCUGAUCAGAUUGCAAUGCUAGAAAGGGAUUCUAAAAUCUCUGUGUGCUGUCCUCAAGUCUUGGGAAUACACGGGUUCUACUCCUUGGGAACCAACUGAGAUAGACACGAGGCAGCCUUGCUCUGAGUUUCAGUCUGGUGACUUGUGGCCAUGAGAGAUAGCUUGAUGUGAAAGCUAAGGCAUGUUUAAUGGGACAGGUCAAGGACAGAAGGAAAAGCUGUCAGGCUUUCUCUGUGCUAAGUGUAUGUACUGGGAGCAGACACCUCCUUCUAGCUGACCACGAUCACAGCCUCACAAGCAGCAGCUUUGAGACUCAGUAAUAUUUCCAACUUAGGCAAAGCUACAUAGAUGCAUAGAGAAUAUGCCAUUGUUCAUCUACGUGAUACUGAUAGAGCCGUGGUAUUUUCACAGUGUAAGCAAAUUGCAUAUAUUCGAUGCCUCAUAAACCAUCGCUGACAUGCCCACGGGAGCACACGUAAUCCCUUCUGAAAAUCAGGAGAAGCUGUGUUUUAAGAAAGUGAUUUGGGUAAUUUCUUUUGUAUUUACACAUUAUUCAAUCAUAUUAAAACAUGUUUUUAUUUACAUUCUAUCAGUUUUGAUUGUGUUUCCCCAGUGCUCAAUGAGAAUAAAUAUGAAAAUCACAUGCUUUUUUUCUGUAAAAGAACUACUUUAUAUUUAGAAAUCCAAUAAACUUCUCAUUCCACUUAA